AAUAUUGUGUAAAAUAUAAUUAUAAUGGAAGUGUAAAUACAAAAUUUGCACGACGCUACCAAAAGGCGUGGAGUUAUAACAUGGCGCCGAGCAUACGAGAAACGAAAAUGAAGAUGAUUGCUUUAUAUGUAACUUUAUUUAUAUUUGUAAGUAUCGAGGCUUAUAAUGAAGAGAAGCCCAUCUAUAAAUGGAGUCCAAUUGUUUUUCGAAAUUUAAAAAAAGAUGACUACCAAUAUAGGUGUGCACCAGAGAAAGCUCUGUGUAUGUUCUCCUGGUCGAAGUAUGGCAUGUACAUGAAACAACCGUGUUGUCAUGGUCUGGUCUGUGAACGAAUUGGAAUCUAUAACAUGUGUCUCAGGCCCGUUUGGGAGCAAAAUGAAGUCAACUCUCUGUAUUAAAUAUCUCUGCAAUAUGAACAUUCUUCUUCAUCGGUGUCAAAACUGGACAUUGUUACACGACAUUCCGUGAAAUGUCUUCUGUGUAAAUUUUAACCAUUUAAAACUAAUCCAAAUAUAUGUCCAUAAAUAUAAAUACUGUACUUAUUAUCAUGUAGUAUCAUUCACAUAAAUGUUACAUUUUAAUAAUGUAUAUUUAAUUUUCAAUAAAUUGUUGUUGGUUCAAUUUA